AUGGCGGCGGGAAGCCUUGUUUGGGAGCCUCAUCCCCCCCGUCCGCGUAAACACCAGCUCGCCAAAAUAGAAAUUCUCGGAUCGAGACACCGCGGAGGAAGGCUGGGAGGUCGAAAACCAGCGCCGCUCACGCUUCGGGGAGUGACGACGACUGCAGUGGGGCCUCUCGUGCUCGCCCGCGUAUGUGCCGGCUCGCAGUGGCGACGCUUGCGCAAGCGGCAACAGCCCCCGACCAGAAGAAAAACGGCGAAACAAACCGAAAUAACAGCCGAAUCGGCGGCUGUACGCUCCGCAACAGCACGCCAUCCGCCUCACCCGCCUCCCCCAAGUCUCGGAAGGCCUUCAUGGGCUGUGCGGGAAAGUUUCGGGGCCGGCUCUAGAGACACCCUGAAUCCAGCGUUGCGAUGGCGUAGUGCCACAGUAAGUAGAGCCUCAUCGCCAGCAACGGACGCGCAAGACGGCCGUUGCGGAGGCUGCGGCAGCACGCUCACCUGCAAGACUAACCCGAGACAGCAGAGGCGAUGUGCGUUGAGCUCCAACUUUCGCCGGUCUGCAUCAUGCCUCCCGCCGAAUGCAGAAAGCAGGCCUUCCCACUGCGCUCGGGGAUCAUUUAAUUCUCCCUCUUGGCCAGUUGGCGGUAGCUGCAGUGCCGCAAGCGCCAGCAGCAACAGCAGCAGAGGAAACAGCAACAGCAGGCAAAGCAGCAACAGCAGCAGCAACAGCAGCAGCAAGCGCAGCAGUUCUUCCGGCAACAGCAGCCUGCUGGCUUCUUUCAGGCAGCCAGGGGCAGCCAGCAGGAGCUCUGGUGGGAGGGCCAUGUGCAACGCAGCGGCGCUUCGCGCGGGAAGCGCAUACAGCGGCACUGCCAGCAGCACGAGCAGCUGGGACGGGGAACAAGAGCAGCAGCAGGAGCAGCAGCAGCAGCAGCAGGAGCAGCAGGAGCAGCAGCAGCAGCAGCAGGAGCAGGCUCAGCCCCCUGAGUCUCGCGGCGCCUCAGCAAGCAAGAGCAGAACUGCCCCCAAAAGAAAGCCUCCGCAUAGAAGGCCUCUAGGUCUGCUCUUGCGCGAUCACGCUGUCUGCUGCUGCGCACUCACAGGCGAGCGCAGUCUGGUGGCUGUGGGGCUUAAAAGCGGAGAGGUCGAGAUAUACAGGCUGCUCUGGUCCAGGAACCCUGUACAGCGGCGUGCAUGCACCAGGAGACACCAGCAGCGCAUGCAAGAGCAGCAGCGACUGCCGAAGCCUGCCCAUCGGAAUGUCGAGCGAGACGGCUUCACGCUGCUGCCGCAGCUGCUGCAUGUCCUCACGGCACCCGAGGACGUCAGCCGUGCAGCUGCAGCUGCAGCUGCAGCAGCACACGCAGCGGGAAAUCCACCAGCUCCUGAACUCACGCUUCCUGCGGGUGCCCUCUAUCAAGAGGCGCACAGUGUGCAGAGUUUGCAGUGGACAGCAGACGGCGCGGCCUUAGCAGUGCGGUGGGUUAAAGGGGGUGCUGCCGUCUACAGUCAUUUAGGGGACCUUCUCUUUUCCCUCGCAGAUCCUCUUGAGGCUGCGGCAUGGAAGGGAGCAGCAGCAGCACCCGCCGUCGCCGACUCCAGCAGCUCUGCAUUUUCCUUCCUGCCGCGCUUCCAUCCGGGAGAAGUACUGCGUGCAGGCGCAGCACCGGCAAAAGCUGCAGCCGCUGCUACAGGGGCAGCUGAAGGUGCCGGGCAGUUAUGCAGUUGGGUGAUGGGGGACCUUUCUCUGCUUCACGUUAUGUGUUUGUCCUAUGAAACCAGUCACCAGGCGCACAGCACUGGCACUAGUCCCAAGGGCUGCGACGCGGCGUUGCCUGCGGAUGCUGCUGCCGAGGAUGAUGCCACCCUUAGAUCUCCUCCAGAACAGCUGGUAGAGGUAUCCAUCGUGAGGAGCGCGUCUGUCGCUGCUGCAGCCUCGGCUGUUGACGUGAGUGGCAGCCGGUGCUCAUCAGAUCUUACCAGCAGGGUGCUUCUUGGCGGCUCGCAUUUGUUGGUGUGGAGCUUUCUAGGCGCAGGGCGUCCUGCUGCUUCCCUCUCGCUGAUCCCGCUGCCGCCCUGUCUGUACACUGCGAAGGCCUUCCCCUUACGGCAGGCAGCCCUCUCCCCUGACGGCGCGCAGCUGCUGGUGGCUGGCAGUCGAGGCGUUGCUCUUUUCGCGCUGUUGCAGAGGCGUUGGAGGCUGCUCUGUAGCGAGCGGCAGGAGGCUCAGUUGCCAACGGGCCUUCUUCCUCUUGGGUGGUACACAAACGACAUCUUCUUCGCAACGACUUCCGCGUCAAUCCCGCUGGGGGGUGCACCACCGGCGGCUGCUGCAGCUCCCGAGCCACGCAGCCUCCUUGGGGCCACUGAUGCCUCUCCCCGCUGGCUGCUACCUUUGCACAUCCAUCGCGGGGUGGAGGCUGCCGUCGCUGCUGCAGUAGAAAGCUGCCCGUCGCGUUUCGCUGACCAUAUCCCCUUCGCUAUACACGAGCAAACGGCGUGGCUGCAGCUGCAGCACCUGCACCUGCAGCACCCGCAGCAGUCCUCACUCAUGUGGGGAGCGGCUGCGGACUCCAGGAUCAGCUCCUCAAGACUUGGUGCAAGUUUUUCUUCAGGAACGACUGCGCGAGAGACGAGGAUUGGCAGCGGCACCCACAAUAUGAGACACUACGCGAUGGUGUGGCUCAGCUCUAGCGAGCGACUGGACUUGCGCUGCCGCGUUGCCGAGAUUACCCGCCUCCCCGCUAGACCCCAAAUAACCACAGUGUUGCCACCCCCGCAGCACCAGCGCUUGCUGAGACCUACAACGCCUCGCGGAUUUCGCUGCUGCCUCUGCGAAAGAAACGACAGAGGCAGCUGUAGCGGCAGCGGCUGCUGCUGCUGCGUCGUCUGCAGCGGCGCAGCGGCCUGCGCCUUGCAGUGCUUCUAUGCGGGAGACGCCAGCAAGCCCGUUUUGGCAGUUUUCGAUGCUUUGCGACUUCUUACGGCGUACCAGCUGCAGCCACCGUGCCAUGAGCGCAGACGACACCAGCAGUACGAUGUGGCGGCUCUCUGGCAACUGGAUCUCUCAGAUUUUUGCGACAGGCCGCCGCAGCAAAUCCGCUUUGUAGGCUGCGUGUGGUUGCUGCUCCUGCUUCUGCAGUCGGGAGAUCUGCUGCUGCUGCGUCUGGGUGCCCCUGGGAAGGCCGUGCAUACGCAGCCGCAACAGAGGAGCUACCGCAUUCCGCGGCUCGCUGUGGAGGCUGCCACGCUGCUGGCACAGGGCGUCACAGGUCUGUGGAGCGGUGCAGAAGCUCAAAUGCGUGAGCACUACGUGUUACCGUCCGCGCAUGUUCGCGUGCUUCGCUCACGGAAGCUUCAAGAGGAGCGCGAUACGGGAUGCAGAAGAGAGCUCCUACCUGCGUGUUGUUGCUGCACCUGCACGGCACCUGUGGGGCUUUCUUCUCAACCGCCUGGACCGUCGGAACAUGGAGAGCAGGAGCUGCAGCAGCCGGCCGUUGUGACUGCAGCAUUUGGAUCCUCGGGUGAGAAGGGAAUCUCCGUUCUCCGCGAUAACCGCAGCGGCCUGCAUGGAGCAGGCGUUGCGCAUAUUCCUGCGGAACGUGCGAGUGGAGCAAAAAACACGAGCAGCCGAGAGAGCAGCAACCCAUUCAGCAGGAGCUCAUCAGGGGGGGACGAUGCAACUGAAGGCGGCCUUGCUAACUUUCCUUUCAGGUGGUCUGCACCAGGAGACGGGUUAUGUGGAAAACGUCUUUCAUCUGCGCAUGGCGCAUCGAAUUCAAACUUCUUCCGCAACGCGGACUCAAUCGACAGUACUGGGGGGGCUGCUGCUGAUGCUGCUUCCUCCGCUGCUCUGUGGUGCAUGGCCUCUGGAGGCGCACCGACGAUCGUGAAGCGGCAGACGUUCCAAGGCUUCGUUGAUUUCCCUCGUCCUGCUGCGGCGAUGCCGCUCUUCCCCACAAGCACGGUUCACGCCAGCACGGCAGAGCGGCCUCGAAGGGGCACUGCUGUCUCUCCAAAGCCUUGCAAAGCCUCUAAAAAGGUGUCAGAAGAGCUGGAAGACUCGGCAGCAGCAACAGGGCACCUGGAGGCUUACACGCGUGGUGCCUGUUGUACCCUCCCAUCGCCCCCAGCAGACUACGGAGGAGGAACUGCAGCAGUGGCGGCUGCGCCUACUUUGAGUUCCCAAGCAGAACCAGGAGGCAGAACGUUGGAGCGGCGAACAAGUGUCACAGAAGCCCCCCUCUUCCGCUCGGAGUGUCACAGCUCUGCGGGCGUUCCGGAGUCGUCAGCUCCUCCGUUUAACGACCCCAUGGUGUCUGCACAGCCGCGGGAAGCCAGGACUGAUGGAUGCGACUUCUGCUGCUGCUGCAUGGCUGGCUGGGCUAUUUGGGCUCAAAGCACUGCAGGGCUGAUGCUCACCUCCGUCACUUUCCACUACUCGGGAACCUCCACAGCGGCUCUGGCUAACCACACACCCGAACAGCUUGUGGAAGCAACCGAUGUGCGCCUGCGCUCCGCUUUGGUGCUGCUCGUGGAAAAGAGGCCCCAGCCACUCCAUAUCCUCGGCAUCAUAGGAGAAAUGGGAGUAGCUGUCGCCUGCUCCCCAAGCCGCGACGCUGCCCUCGGCGUUCCCCUGCAAACUGGACCGGUCAUGCAGCUGCGGCUGCUGCUGCAGCCUUGCAUGCAUGCGCUCCUGCAGCGGCUGCUGCUAGCUGCUGCUGCGCGCAUCCCCCUCUACUCACAGGCAUCCUUGGGCUGCCUGGAGGACUGCGAAAAUAGGACGGAACGCUCCACGCGAAGUUUGGAGUGCAGUGGCAGCAACUCGCACAGAAACACUUGCGUUAACAGGCUCCUUGAGUCUAUCUCAGACCUUGUAGACGAAUUCCAGUCAUCUCCGCUCGCGCCGCAUUUGUUGGAGCUGUGUCAGGUCGGCCUGCUGAUGCGGUGUAUCUCCACCUAUUCGAAGGCAGGAAAGGCACACCGGAUGCAACUGCGCGCCCAGGAGACCACGGAGCAGCAGCCUGAGAUCCAUUCACCACCUGCAUCUGCCUCGACAUCAAGCCCCAGUGUUUUGCACGCGUCUACCCUCGAAAAGUCCACUGGGAAUGAGCGUGUUGUUGCUGCAGCAGCAGCAGCGCUCAUGAAGUCCCCAGAGGGCAUCGCUCUUCUGUGGCUGCUGCGAACACUACAGCAGCAGUCUCCCCAGUUGUUUCUUGCUACGGUUGUCUCCUGCAUGCGAAAGACAGAGCCCCUUGUUUCUCCUGCAGUACUCGGCUCGCUACUCCAGCAACAACUGCCACCCGCCGACCCCGUGGCACUCUUCACCAAGUCCCUCAACAGCGGACUCUUGCAUACCGCUUCGCUGUAUUUGCUACCAAUUCAGGCGACGGAAGGACCUCUAGAGGUGCUGUUGCUGCUGCAUGGUGCCAUCCAGUUGUUUGUGCGAUGUCGCCGCGUACUGCCGCUUCUCCGUGCUGCGCUGGCCGUUGGUGACUUUCACCUGGUCCGCAAGCUGCUACAUUUCUUCUGGGCCUUUUUUACACAUAGACGCCACCCUGAACCUGUGGGCACACUGCGCAGCAUUGGUGACCAACAUCAUUGGGAGAGCUCAGCGCUCAAGUCCGCCUCAGACAUGGCGUCUCAACGAGCACCCAAGGCCGAGCGGGCAAUUAGCCAGCAGAAAGCAAAGCAGCAACGAAGGCUUCAAGAGAGAAACCGGCAGCGUGAAGAGUUGCAGUCGUUACUUUGGCGGCCCUUAAACGGGGGCGUCCACCUGAGCGGUGAUGCUACUUUCGCUCAUCCUGCAGUGAACGAAGGAAAUGGGCUUUUUGCCAUGACUUUGGGAGAGCCCUGUCUGUCAUGCGUCCCUUUAGAGUUGGCGGCUGAAGAUCGCCUACUGGCAGCACGAAUAUAUCAGGAAGUAGAGAAUGCGGUUGCCGUCGCUGCUCAAACACUCUUUCGACAGCAGCAGUGGCUUCGGUUGUUCGAAUUUGCGACGAUUCUGGCCCUUGACCUUCCGUCUUGGCUGCGAGAUCACCGGAGCAGCACUCUGUGGCAUCCUACCCGCCCCCCGCACCAGCAGGAUACAAAUGCUCGUCUUGUGUGUGUAACCGCGGUACCUGACACAGCCAGUCCGACAAGAGCAGCAAAGGAAGCUGCAGGGGUGUUGCCGCGUGACUUUUUUGCAGCGGUCUCUUCCUUUGCUCAGCAGUUCCCUGUUGGCGAGAAACCAAUUUUCCUGCAUUUGCAUCGGCCUAGAAGGCAGAAGAGCUCCACGCUGCGCGUACAAAGGCAAGCACAACAACAUCCACAAGUGCACGUGGCACGGAUGCCGACAGAAGCGGCACCCGUACCAGAGAUGCAGUCGGCUGUGGUGCCAGUAUCUACUGUUUUACAAGCGCAUUCGUUUUGCACAAGUGGAAACAUGCAAUACCAUUCUGCAGCUCAGAUAGCCCGGUAUCUGGGUAACGUGUUGCUGCUUGCCGGACACCCCAUGUAUGCACUGGCUCUGGCCGCUGCAGUACGAGACAUGCAAGCAGCAACGCACCUACUUGGAUGGUUUCCUGAGAUGCGCUACUGGGUUUCGGAAGCAGCUACUGGUAGAGCAUUGGAUGGCUCAUCCGAGGACCGAGUGAUGCUCUGGCUAUCCCGUGCAGCCACAAGCGGCACCAGUCCUCUCGAAUACAGAAAUGCAAAUUAG